AUGAUGUCCAUGAACUUUUUCGAGCUGCUGGGGGUGUCAUCGGACCAGCUCGCUGAUGCGAUGCCUGAGCGCAUCGUCGAGGUGGGCAUGCCGGCUACCGCAACCUCGAUGCUGCCGCCCGCGUGGCUGGGGCUCUCGCGGCGCGCCUUCCACACCGGCGGCAAGGAGGCCGUGCGCGAGGUGGUGUACAACGAGGUGGCGGACAAGCUGCGCGCCCCGCUGCACGUCCGCGCCGCGGAGCCCGGCGGCGGCGAGGCCGUGUACGGCGCGGGGCAGCCGGGGCGGCCCGUGUUUCUGGUCAAAGAUGCGAAAGACCUGUUCACGCGCGUCCACGAGGACGGCACGCCCUACACAGCUAAGGAGGAGCCGCUUGGCGCGCCGCCCGCCGCGGCGGCCGGCGGCGCGCCGCGCGCGCGGAAGCCGCGGCCGUCGGGCGGGAUGGGGGGCGGCGGGGGGCAGAGCGCGCGCGACAAGGAGCGCGACGCGACGUGGGAGACCAAAUACCAGAACCUGCUCCACUUUGUGCGCACCCACGGCCACCGCCCCCGCCGCACCGGCGAGGACAAGGAGCGCCAGAUGUGCUUCUGGCUGGCGCAGCAGCAGCGCAAGAUGAAGGAUGGCAGCCUGCCCGACGACAAGAGGGAGCGCCUAGGGAUCGUGCUCGCCGUCAAGGGGCCCGCGGCGCGGCUCGGCGGCGGCUCGCACUCGGGCGGCGCGCACAUGGGCGGCGGCUCGGAGCAGGGGGACGAUGGCGCGGACGGGGAGGAGGGCGGCGACGGGGACGGCGGGUACGACCAGGGUGACGGGGACGGCGGCGACGACGGGGAGGGGGGCUAUGACGAUGACGGGCCGGACGGCGACGGCGGCGGCGGCGGCACCGGAGACGAGGACAUGGGCGGCGGCGGCGGCGGCGGCGGCGGGGGCAUCGGCGGCGGCAUCGGCGGCGGCGGCGGCGACGAUGAGGGGCUAGCGGAGGGGCACUGA